AAUGCCCAGUAACCCUAAGCCGGACUAUCCCACAGAAAGGAGUUUAGUCCCAAGCCCCGGAGGCCCGGCAGGCCGCCUCCAGAGGAGCCCCCGCAGACGCCAUACUAAAAGUCAAAAUGGCUGCCCCAAGGAAGCCCGCACCGCGCAGCUAAGAAGGGUUGGGGAACAAGCUUCUGCGGGAAAGGGGGAGGGGGGCUCUCGGAAGAGCCGUCGCCAGAACCAUAGGCAGGAGUAUCGCCCCCCCCGAGCUGCACAGGUUCUAGUUUCAGAUACCCCUUGACAUAACUUUUGAACUAUCCGGAAAAAUACUGGCCAGGAAAAAUGAUAAAAUUUUUCCUCAUGGUGAAUAAACAAGGGCAGACCCGACUUUCUAAGUACUAUGAACAUGUGGAGAUUAAUAAGCGUACACUUCUGGAAACAGAAGUCAUAAGGAGCUGUCUCUCCCGAUCCAAUGAGCAAUGCUCUUUCAUUGAAUUUAAGGAUUUUAAGCUGAUUUAUCGACAGUAUGCAGCUCUCUUCAUUGUGGUUGGAGUUAAUGACACUGAGAAUGAGAUGGCAAUUUAUGAAUUCAUCCAUAACUUUGUGGAAGUUUUAGAUGAAUACUUCAGCCGCGUGAGUGAAUUAGAUGUAUCCUUUUUCAAAGCCAUGAGCCAGGUUUUCCUCAGUACUUGGCAAAGCACAGGCUAGUCCUGAUCAGGAGACAGACAUGUUUUUAGGCUUGGCUUUGGUGCAGCACCCGGAGGAUGGAAGUCAAAACCUCACGGAAUUCCCAAGAAGCCCUUUACUUGCAAGCUUUUCCUCCAGAAGCUUUAUCAGCCUGAAGCACCUUAAGAAUGGGGCAGCUUUCCAGAAUCCACCUGUUUAGACUUUGAGAAAUAAAAUGCACCAUUUGUAUACAAGCCCUAGAACGGGCCUGUUCUAGUAGGACUAACAUCACAGAACAUGACAGAUGAGAUUUUAAAAAAUGGCCUAAGCACAAGAAAUCAGGACAGAAAUUCCGGCUUCUUGAAAACCCUUCCACUAAAUGGAAACUGUGUGUUGCAUUUAGUGUCAAGAGGGGCAGACUCUUGGGACCAAGCAUGUCAGUGACAUAAAUCAUUCACGUGCAGUGCAGAAGUUCCUAUACACUCUUCGCGAUCUACUCCACCUGCUGGGUUGAAAUGUUGGCCAGAGAAUUCCUGAGGCCCUGCUUCUUUAGGGAAAGUUUGCCCUAUCACUCUAGUAGACUUAUUUAAGACUUCCCAUUCUGUGAAUGAAGAUGGUUUUUAGGAAUCAGCUAAUGAGCUUCUCCAGAUGUGUUCAGCUAUGUAGCCCCAGGUUUGCUGAAUUCUCCAGACAAGUGAUAAUUCAAAGGAGCUGUCUCCACCUGCUUUGGUAAAUAGGGAAUGGCACCAGUGAACAGUGCUGUGUGGGAGAUGCCCAAUUCCUCCUCAGUUCAGUGCAUACUUACGGUAUGUGUGAAUGUACAGAAAACCUUAACAGCCUUUUUGGUAUUUGGUGCCUUUAAAGAGGCUUAAAGACCUUGGUUUAUUUGGGCUAGAGUAGAAUCCAGGAGUGCUAUCUUUAGACUUCAACAACUAGCGUCCCUUUCCUGGGUCCUGUGCUUUAGAGGGCAAUACUCUGGCUCUCCUUCAGGAACAUCUCUCUCUCCAUGGGGUGAGGAUGCUUAUCCAGAGCCUGCAGGUACCCAAUCCACUUCUUGACCACCCUUCAGCUACCUUGGUCCCCAAAACUCACUGGGUACCCAUAUACCUGAGCUUGCUGCUAGCAGGACUGGUAUAGACCUCUCCCCAACCCUUACCCCAGGACUGGUGGGGAUGGGGGUGGGGGUGGGGGGCAGGAAUGACAGACAACCUGGUAUAGUAGCUGGGGAACAGGCUGGAAUCCCUAUUUAUAUUGCAGUGCCACCUAUACCAUAAAUAUAGAGUAGGCCUAGAAUCCAGAAUGUUUUUCUUGAUUCAAAAAUAUCUUUUAAAUAAAUCUUUAUUUUCUAAGUCCUUAAAACCCAAAAGCCUGAGCAGUUCUAGAACCUUAAAGCUCAUGUGGGUGAUGUGAAAGUACCUCUUUAUCGCAGUUGAGGGUGAGGGAGAAGGAAGGGCUUCCCUGCAUCCUGCUUGCACUCUCUGUGACUCAGCUAAUUUUCUACCAUGGUGAUCCCUGGAGGAAUGAAGGCACCCAGGCAGCACUAAUCAGCACCACCAAGAUUUGAAGUCAGGCCCUGAUUAGGGCCCAGAGCCCACUGUGGGGCAUCAACCUCUUGUUCCUUCGUUACUAUCCUAAAAUUACAAACACCUUUAGAGGUCCAGAAACCAGAAUAGGGCUUCUCUGAUUAGGAGAUAAUUUCAAAUUGAUUUAAUGAGAAAUCACAAAAGCACUUGUUCAACCAGGGGCUUUGGAAAUGCUGGUAAGAAGAACAAAGUUCUCCAGGGAAUCCCUCCAAAACCACAGUGGUAGCUUCUAAAUAAACUGAAAUUGUCUCCAUGUUCUGUCAGAAAGUCACAAUAAUAAAUUAAGUCAUUACCAAAAGAUUUCUUUUGAGGUAUUAUGGAGUAUGUGAUUACAUCAGGAAUGGCUUGAUAUUGUCAGAUAGGAGUAAACUAGCUCCCCUCUUCCUGAAGGUUACAUUUAGAGUCCUAAGAUUUGAGUACUUUGGAACUAGAAGAAAACUACACAAUCAUCAGGUUAAAACCUCAUUUUUUAGAUGAAAAGGCUGAAGCCCAGAGGGGUUCUGUGACAUGUCCCAAAACAUAGGGCUACUUUGGGACACAGCUGGUACCAGUCUCCGGGUUCCAGGGCCCUUGACUCCAUGGCUAUAAAAUUAGAAGAUUAAAUUUGACAUUAUAUAUAUAUAUAUAUAUACAUAUAUAUAUGUAUAUAUAUAUAUGUAUAUUUAUAUAUAUGUAUAUUUAUAUAUAUACAUAUAUAUAUUUUUUUUUUUACAAAAUUUGUUAUCAUCUGGAGAUUGUGGUGAUUUAAGACUUAACAAGGCAUUUAUAUAGUGCCUGUCACCAUGCUAUCUUGGUGUUGUCAAAGUUUUUCCUGAUGUAGGAAAGAAGUUUUGGGGAAACCCUAGUUUUCGGUUGGAGGAGUCGGACAUGAUGAGGGUAUCUGCCGGUCUUCGUAAGCGUGCUCUCCAGGAGUGGCGUUCACAUUGAGUAAUUUCUAAACAUCUUUUUUUUUUUUUUCUUUUUAAGGUAUGUAAAUUGAAAGCAGGGCUGCAAGGGGUGAGAGCUGGCCCGUGGGCUCAGGGAGUAUGUCUUUGGGAAGGGGAGGCCCUGAGGGGCAAGGGAGCCAAAACCUUGUCAGCACGAGAGCUGCAGUCAGUGCUGUCAUGAGUGAAGAGUCUCAGAAUGAUGAACAGUCCCCAAGGGAGUCAGCCAUUUACCUGGGAAAGGGAUGUGAAGGUUCCAGAUUAAGCAGGUCUGCCCUCCGGACUUCUCCGACUCUCACUGGACUCUCACUGGCCUUCGCCGUCUCCUUAUUUUCUCUAAGUGCGUUCUCUGCGUCCUUCGACGCCAUAUCCAUCCGCCACUAUACCUGCCCAAGUCUGCCUGCCUGCCUUCCGCCCACUCCUUUUGUUCCACGCUUCCGGCUUCCAGCUGUUUGACUCAGAAAUAGGGACAGCGGGUUAUGAGGGGCAACAGUGUUAGGGGAAAAAACAAGAGAAACGGACAGGCUCAUUUGACCCAAUGUUGACUUUCAUAUUUGUGUGAUUUUACAUAAAUCUAUAUAAAUUUAAAAAAAACUACACCUGGAUGUCUUGUUGCUCUCAGAAUAUGAAUGGGUCUUUAAGGAAAAACCUAUUGAAAACAAACAAAACAAAAAAGAUAAAUUCCUUUUCAGUGGCCUAAUUCACAGGAGGCAAUACUAAGCCUAAAAGUGAGCAGCAGACUAUAUUACCAGUAGAGUAUAUCCCGGACUGUGCACUGUCGUGAGUCUUCUAUAGAAUAAUAUUUGAAUUUUUGUAGAAAAUGUGAACACAAGGCCCUUCACAGUUUACCUAAUUGCAUGGGAGACUGAAUUAAAAUAUAAACAGGAAAGCAAGUUUUUUCCCCACCCCACUUAGUUUUUCAACAACUUUGUUAGGUAGGAUCUUAAAAAGAAAGAAAGAAAGAGAAACCAAGGAAGACGACAAGGGAUCUAAGACCAAAAUCUAGAAUUAUACAUUUUAGUUUCUAGGCUAAGUUCUGCCUUAGAAUUGCUUUUCAAGUCCCAUUUGAAUGUAUGCUGCUCAGUUUUCUCUUAUUAAAGGAUAAAUAGACCACUACAGUGGUGUUAAAUUACCAUACUGAAAAAGUGAUUUAUGAUUCAGAGACCGAAAUUCCAAUGUGGGAACCAUAAACAUUUUAAUUAGAAAAUUGGUUUCAGGUGGCACUAAUAUUACUGGGGUCCUAAGAUGUUCCACUUCAAUCCACAUUACACAUAGAAAUUCAGCAAGGCUUUUGGGUCUCAGGAUUGGGAAAAAGUGGGGCUUUCUGAAUCUGCUCUUUAGGAGGCUGGCUGUAGUUCACAUCAGCUCCAACCACAGGGUGUCCCCAAGGGGAAACCAAGUGCCUGAUGGAUCUUUAAGUCAGUCAAGUUCAGUGUAACCCGCAACUAGGACCCUCUU